UAUUGGGGUGGUGAGCGUUUCCUCAGACAGCAUCAGAGAGCACAGCACAAAUUAAUUUGUUCUAUAGAAAAUGCUGCUAAGUGGUGCUGGAGUCGCGUGCUUUAAGUGUACGGCCACGUUUGUCUACAAGCUUAAGAGCAACAAGUGGAUUAUGGACGAGUCUAUCUCCAGUGUGAAAGAGGAGAAGGGCGACUGCACCUGAACAACAGAAAGCGAAUGCUGCACCAGUCUCUCCCGCGCAGUGGGAAUGGAUACCGGCAAUUUCCUGGCGGGGAUUUGCGUUUUCUUGCUGUCGCUCAAUGGAUUCAUCUCUUCCUCACCGACGAGAAGGCUUUGUCCCGAGCGCUGUGACUGUCAGCACCCGCAGCACCUCAUGUGCACCAACCGAGGGCUGCGCACUGUGCCCAAACCUGCCACGCGUGUGCCCGAGGAGGUGCUGAUCUUCAGCCUAGGGGGUAACUUCAUUGGUAACAUCUCUGCCUUUGACUUCACAUGGUAUGGUAACCUUGUACGCUUGAAUUUACAGUACAAUCAAAUACAAAGUAUUCACCCAAAAGCAUUUGAGAAACUCUCCAACUUAGAAGAGCUGUACUUGGGACAUAACAUUUUAUCAAGUAUACCUGCUGGGACUUUACAAUCCCUUAAGAAAUUAACAAUUCUCUGUGGAAAUGAUAACGACAUUAUGAAAAUCACACCGGAGCUCUUUGCCAACUUGGAUAAUCUUGUUAAACUGCGUCUGGAUGGCAACUCAAUAGAAGUUCUGCAGGACUCUGUUUUUAAAAAUUUGACCAGCCUACAUUACCUCCAUCUGGAAUACAACAAGCUGCAGCACAUUCACCGAAAUGCUUUAUCUAAACUUACCAACCUACGCUUUCUAAACCUGGCCCAUAACAAGCAGUCAGCCAUACGCAAUGCCCUCACUUUCUCCCAACUCAAAGCUCUGACGACCCUGCUGCUGUCUGAAAAUGAAAUUCAGCACGUCGGAGACCACGUCUUCCAAAAUCUGAAAAAGCUGUCCAAACUGUCCCUCAGUAACAACAGAAUCUCCCGCCUGGACAGCGGUGCUCUGAAGGGGCUGUCGAGCCUCAGAGAGCUUCUGAUUGAUGGCAAUGAGCUGGAGGAAAUCCCAGCCGGUCUCCUGGACUCUCUAGAGCACAUCGAGGAGCUGGACUUCAGUCGCAACCAGAUCUCCAAUGUGGACUCUUUGGCUUUUUCGCAACUUAAACAUCUGAGGGUACUUAAGCUGAAGAACAACAUGCUAACCAGCCUUUCUGGAGGCAUUUUUGCCCUCAACAACGUGCUCUACAACCUGGAUCUCCAUGGCAACAACUGGACGUGUGACUGUCGCCUGGAGGAGCUGAAAAGAUGGAUGACUGCUGCGCAUUCUCAGGGAAAAUUAUUGACUGUUUUUGUGCAGUGUCAUCAUCCUGCAACUCUGAGGGGGACGUAUCUGGACUAUGUGAACAGCUCCCAGCUGCAGCCCCUUGGGAACUGGACCCACAUGUGUAGUAGCCAAGCGGGGCCUGAGGAGAGCCGGGGAGGGGGUGUGUUGGUUAAGAUGAAGGAGGAAGAGAUAGGGAUGGUGGAAGCAAUAAGGCAGGAGGAGGGAGGUGAGGAAGUCCAGGUGGAGGAGACAAGUGAAGAUUUGAGACAGGCAAACAGGUAUGGAGUUGCAACGAGAAAAGAGGGGGAAAAGAGGAAGAGAGAAGGACAGAAGGGGGUGGAAACAAAGAAACCAAAAAAAGGACCACUCAGCCCAAGGUCACGACCUGCGGCAGAGGCUCCUGGGAAACGUGGCAAUGGUAGACGAAAGUCAAAUGUAACAUCCAGAACUGAACCAACAGCUUUUUCAAAACCUACUGACAACCAGGAUACAAACCCCACAGAUCCAAACUCAGGGCUCAUCACCACCUCAACACUCCAGUCAGGAGAGAAGUUUGACCUUCUGAGGUCAAAUCAGGAAGAGGCUCUACCAGUAAUCACAGAUCCGUGUGAGUUCAACCACCAUUACAUCACUAAUGUGUCAGUGGAUCAAGUGACAUCCAGUACUGUCAGUAUCUACUGGACCACCAGGGAUCAUCACCCCUACUCAGUAGGACUUGGCCAUGGCCUAGAUGAAGUUCACUAUCGGAUUCAGUUUGACCGCUUUGGUACCGCAGACCGUUUCCCCCGCUACGUUUAUGUUCGCGGCACAGCUCGCUCCGUAACCCUUCGAGAACUCAGCUCAGAUGUGACCUACAUGGUGUGUGUGGAGGGAGUAGUGGGAGGAUCUGUGUGCCAAGUUGCUCCUCGUGACCACUGCGCAGGCUUGGUCACUCUGGCUGAGGGGUUCAGCCGUGGAAGCAUGCUGACCUCUGACCUCGAGCUGGUGACGGUGGCCACGCUGGCUGGGAACGCCGUGCUGCUGCUGGUCAUCGGCAGCGUCUGGCUGGGGCGGAGCCUGAAGAGGAGGCUGCAGAAGAGGAAGACGGCGGUGCACGUGCGGCACAUGUACUCCACCCGGAGACCGUUUCGUCCCGCAGUGGCAGUCUCCUCCGUGUCUGCUGACUUCACCAGCUACCAGAGCAGCCGUCCCGCACGACUUGCACCCCUAGAGGAAGGGGACCUCAUUGAGUUCCCUUGUGACCGCUUUCUGGACAGCAGCAGUGUUCGCAGAGACAGCGAAAUGCAGAGAUUUUCUGACUAGAUCCAUAAAAUAUCAAUAAAUGUUGCACUCUAACAGAGGAACAUGGGAAUUGGGCUGCAAUCUUUGGUGUAGUUCCCUCUACACUAUCACUAAAAACAUUGGUUGUGUUUAUAGCUAUGAACAAAACCAAGUUAACAAUCCAACUAUUUUAUGUCUUUGGUUUUUCACUUGACCCUAAGAAAACUUUUGAAGUGACAAUAGAACAGCUGAGCUCAUCAGUGCCUUUUCAGACACCAGAGGAAGUACAAUCCCUCUGACUUCCUUUUCCUGCUUUGUGCCUUUCCUCUUUCAUUUCCUUGCACCUGUGAGUGUUUCUCAAAGUAAGACUUAUUGUGUGUAAGCAAGAAUGAUUGCUCACUGAUUUCAACCAAGGUGCUAAUGUUGAGUUGAUAGACAUCAUAUUGUCUCAUAUUUGUACAGUUUGUAAUGAUCGCUGCUGAUGGCAGGGGAAACACUUGUUUGUAUCACAUCUAUCAUGUUUUGUACUUUUUGAUAUAAUUCUACAUUACACAAAGAAG